AUGGCCGACAAAUACUUUGGAACACCCGGCGUCGACCCAUCGCCCUUGGGUCAACCCCUUGAGUUUCCCAUCUCCAAGCGAGUUGCUAUAAACCGUUUCCUCAAUGGCGCCAUGUCCGAGGGUCUUGCCACCUACCACGAGACAGAUCUCUCGGCACGAGGUAUUCCUGGAAAGGACCUCGCGCAACUGUACCGCAAAUGGGGUGAAGGAAAAUGGGGCCAGCUCUUGACCGGUAACGUCAUGAUUGACCCGGGACACCUCGAGGCUGCAGGCAACAUGAUCGUCCCUGUAGAUGCCCCGUUUGAGGGAGAACGUUUUGAGGGCUUCAAGGCCAUUGCCACUGCCGGCAAGGCGCAUGGCAGCUUGAUUAUUCCUCAGGUUGGACACCCGGGACGUCAGGUACCCGACUCGAUACAAAAAUACCCCAUCAGCGCCAGCGACCUGCAAUUGGUGACUCCGACUAUGGGAAAAACCUAUGCCAAGCCUCGCGCUGCCACCAAGGAGGAUAUCGAGGGCGUCAUCAAGGCCUUCACGCAUGCCGCCGUCUAUCUUGAAAAGGCAGGCUUCGAUGGUAUCCAGAUCCACGCUGCCCAUGGCUACUUGCUGGCACAAUUCCUCAGUCCCACCACCAACAAGCGGACAGAUCAGUACGGAGGAAGCCUCGAGAACCGCAUGCGUCUUAUCCUCGAGAUUGCCGCCUCCAUCAAGGCUCAGGUUAGCCCCAGCUUCGUUCUGGGUAUCAAGGUCAACUCGGUCGAGUUCCAAGAGGAGGGUUUCACCCCCGAGGAGGCAAUUCUAUUGUGCCAAGCCCUCGAAAAGGCCGGUUUUGACUACGUUGAGACGAGUGGAGGAACCUACGAGUCCACCGGUUUCAGGCACAAGAAGGAGAGCACGCGCAAGCGUGAGGCAUACUUUAUCGAGUUCUCGGAGCAGAUCUCCAAGGCCGUCAGCUCGCUCAAGGUCUACACCACGGGUGGAUUCAAGACCGUGGACGGCAUGGUCAAGGCCUUGGAGGGUGUCGACGGUGUCGGCAUUGGACGUGCCGCCUGCCAAGAGCCCGACCUGCCUGUGCUGAUUCUGUCGGGCAAGGUGCCUGGCGUUCCCAAGUUUGCGGUUGAGGAAGAUAACUUGUUCGUCAGACUGUUUGGUGCCAAGCUGCAGAUUCAGCAAAUGGCCAAUGGACAGAAGCCGGAUGACCUCAACGACCCUGAAAUGCUCAAGAAGAUUAUGGCAUCGCUUGGAAUGCCUACAGCGGCUCUAUAG